GCCCCGCCUGGGAGGUUGAGACCCGCCGGCGCUGGGGACCCGGCGCCAGCUUCGGAGCUUAGGAGUUUUGAGUGGGGGGAGGGAAGUCGUCAAACGGAGGCCGAGGGAAAUGAGGCGGAUGCCGCCGAGAAGCGAGGAGCCCCGCCCCCUCCGCCAUAGCGGCCUCCCAGUGCCGCCUCUUCCUUCACAGCCUCCCCCCCUCCCCUGCCUUCCGGUCGUAGGCCGGGCCGGGCGUCGCCGGCCCCCUCCAGAGUAACCCCUGAGCCUUGGCCCUUUAGGGAGAGGAGAUGCCCAUUCUCUGCUUGGGACUCUUGUCGAAAAGGAAACGGCUGGAACGGGCUUCGGACCCGGGUGGGCGGGCAGAAGGCGGCCGCUGAAGUUGGCGGCCAGCAAGGCCUCUGGUCCCGGGGACCCUGGGUUCGAACAACACCCCUCGCCCCCGAGGAUUGUAGGCUACACGUCUUCUGUGGUCGCUGGGUCUAGAAUUUGAGUCUGGAGAGACGAAGAAUGGAAGCCUGGUGAAGAGGCAGAGAAGCCUGAGGGAGCUCAGCCCUGGCAGCAGCCCCCCUGAGUUCCUGGUGGUGAGAGGAUGUGGCCCCUGGACCCAUCCCGGAAAGAGGUCCUGGGGUUUGCAGUCAGCUGCCGUGUCCUGACUCUGGUGCUGCAGGCUCUCUUCAAUGCCAUCAUCCCAGACCAUCGUGCAGAAGCCUUCUCUCCUCCUCGGCUCACCCCCUCUGGCUCUGUGGACCAACUUGUGGAAGGUCUUCUGGGUGGCCUCUCUCACUGGGAUGCUGAACACUUCCUGUUCGUUGCCGAGCACGGCUACCUGUAUGAGCACAACUUUGCCUUCUUCCCUGGUUUCCCCCUGGUCCUGUUGGUGGGGACUGAAUUGAUGAGACCCCUGUGGGGGUUACUGAACCUACGGAGUUGCCUGCUCAUCUCAGUAGCACUGCUCAAUUCCUUGUUUUCCACGCUGGCUGCACUUGCACUUUACGACCUGGGCUGUUUGGUUUUGCACUGUCCCCGCCAGGCCUUUUAUGGAGCACUGCUCUUCUGCCUCAGCCCCGCCAAUGUCUUCCUGACUGCUGGUUACUCAGAAGCCUUAUUUGCUCUCCUGACAUUCAGCGCCAUGGGGCAGCUGGAAAGGGGCCAAAGCUGGACUAGUGGACUCUUUUUUGCCCUUGCCACUGGUGUACGAUCCAAUGGGCUAGUCAACAUUGGCUUCCUCGUACAUUCUCAGUGCCAAGACUUUUUCUCAUCUCUCAUGGUGCAAAGUGCUCUCAGACAGCUCUUGAAGCUGAUGGGUUCUGUGUUCCUGUCAGUGUUCACACUCGGCCUUCCCUUUGCCCUCUUUCAGUAUUACGCCUAUACCCAGUUCUGUCUGCCAGGCUCAGCCCACCCCAUUCCUCAGCCCUUGCUGCAAUUAGCUAUAGACCAGGGCUACCGAACUGCGGAGGGAAACAAGCCGCCUUGGUGCUCCUGGGAACUUCCCCUAAUAUACAGCUACAUCCAGGAUGUCUAUUGGAAUGUUGGCUUUCUGAGAUACUAUGAACUCAAGCAGGUGCCCAAUUUUCUACUGGCUUCACCAAUGGCUAUAUUGGUUGCCUGGGCAACUUGGACAUACGUGACCACCCACCCUUGGCUCUUCCUUACACUUGGGAUGCAAAGGAGCAAGAACAAAAAGGCCCUAGAGAAGCCUGAACCUGGAUUCCUCAGUCCUCGGGUGUUUGUGUACCUGGUCCACGCUGCAGUGCUGCUGCUGUUUGGCAGUCUAUGCAUGCAUGUUCAGGUUCUCACCAGGUUUUUAUGCUCCUCCAGUCCUAUUGUGUACUGGUUCUCGGCUCACUUGCUUCUGGAUCAAGAACCGCUGCUGAGAUCCCUAGAGGCUGUGCCUGGGAAGUCUCCUACAGGGGACCCCCCACCAGGACAAAAGGUCCCCAGAAACUCUAUCAUGGGACUCUUGUACAACUGGAAAACUUGUUCUCUGGUCACACGAUGCAUUCUAGGCUACUUCAUGACUUACUGGCUCUUGGGACUACUCCUCCAUUGCAACUGGCUGCCUUGGACAUAACUUGGAGACUUAGGGGACAGGCCUGAAGCAGACGUAACCAGGGUCUGAAAGUACAGAUACACACUGGGGCUGCCUGUGCUCCCUGGUAUCCUUACUCUGUCCAUUAGAACCUCUCUGUCUGAACGUUGGUUAGGAAUGGAAGAAGUGAAAGCCUCUAGAGAGCCCUUUCUGGUCCUUGAUGUGGCAAAUUUUAGAGUAGUAACUGGUUUCUCUAUAAAUGAAGAAAUCUUAUUCCAGAUCUAUGUUGUCAAUCAACCUUAGCAGAGAUAGUCUUAAACUUACCACCUACCCACAUGUAAAUUUAAAUAUAAAUUUCAUCAAAGGCUCUAGCUGACAAGCUGGUCAUAGUUCACACAGUGAUGAUGGAGGCCUGAACAGUAUAGCAGCAAUAGUAAGUAAAAUGGGACCAUCUUUUCUAAAUGGGACAUUGUUUCUGAUGAGUUUUUUCAUGAUUUGUUCACUUAUUUAUAUGAAAAAUCUUACAAAGAAAUGCAAAUUAAACAACAUUUGUUUAUA